AUGCCAAAGCAGGAACGCGAACUUAUCACAUUAGAUGCAACAAAGAUGCUUUCCUCUGGCCAACGCACACAUGACAUCUCAGGCUACACAGCCCCUCUGUUCAAAGUGACACAGUUGAAUCCGCCUCAGAAGUGCAAGGUUAGCUAUGGUUGGGUGAACAAUCGAGAAGCUCACUUUCCUCUCGGGUCGACGGGGGUGCUCUACUACCACACACCUGCCCCAGGUGCACCCGUCCUCAGCGGCGAGCUGCGAUUCAAGCUGUGCAAGGACUUAGCCCUCUUCGCGCGCUCUCCUGACCUCCAGUCCCCAGACAAGACGAGGCCAUGGUCGCUGAACCUCUAUAGGAUGGUGAUGACACCUCGAUACAAAUCGUUCAUCCAGCUGCUCAUCCACGAUCGGCUCGUCUCGUCUACCGUGGUAGACGCUAUUGUCCGGCUGCCCCGCGUGAUCUGCGACCGCGCUUCGAGGAUUUUGUACUCGCUCGAACAGCCGUUCGAACUAGAUCUGGCGCAGAUAGGUGUCACGUUCAUACUGGUCAACCUGGGGCACGUCCUCACUGUAAGAGUUUUCCUGAACGCCCGCAGUGGGUUGCGUAGUUCCAUCUUCACAGGACGAAUCAAGGCACGCUUCGAACUUUCCACCCUUCCCGAACAUGCUGCCCAAGGACCGACGCUCGUCUUGCGCGUCCUGGAGCUGCUGACCCCCAUCGAGUGCCACCUUCGUGGGAUAAAGUUAGACCCUCGGCCUGGUGCACUUCUCUCCAAACACGACCGCGGCAAGUACGGCCCCUGGUCUUUGAAACUCAAGAACGCCCUUGCACCUGCAUUCAGAGAGUUCGUUGGUCUGCCCCCAUUGCCCGAGGAUAAGCUUCCGAAGAAAAUUGGUGACCGAUCCACCAAAAAUGUCUUCACACUUCGCCCGGAGGAGAUGGAAGUGAUGGGACAACCGAUAUGUGAUAUUUCUGGGAGGCAUGCUGUCACCUUCCGACUACGAUUGCAGGACGGUAGGGAGAGACCCGUCCUCAUCGGAUACGGAAACCUUAUCGCCGGCCAGAAGCCAUUCCCACCCAACAGCAAGGGAGUUCUGUACUACCGCCGGCCGUCAACAGGAGAACCCGAAAUGAGUGGCGAGCUUCGGUUUCGCGUCUGCCAUGACGUAGCAGCCUUCCGAGAUGGCUCUGACCUCCUAGCGCCUGAUGGCAUGAAGCCCUGGAGUAUUCCCCUCUACCACAUCGUCAAGGCGCCUCGUAUGGAGCUCCUGCGCAACCUCAUCAUUCAAGACGGCCUCGUCGAACAGCACGUUAUGGAGAAGAUAGGGAAGUUGCCCAGCGCCAUCCAGGGCUACCGCCCGCUGUACGCCCUUGACUGGCCGUUCGUGGUCAACCUAUCCUCGCGGCAUUUACAUUUGGGGCUCAUUAACCCCUCAAUGUUCGAGCUUGUCGAAGUUCCUUACAUAUUUAGGUACGGCUCUAGGUCCAUUGCUGUAUAUGCGGAUAGGUGUCUCUUAGUGCUUGUGUGUGUUGCAACAACUCAUUCGGAGAUCUCGGGAGCAGGUUUUGUGCGGGCUCGUUUAGAGCUCUCGACGCUGCCCGAGCAUUCGGGAUCACCCGUCCUCGUCUUAAGGAUCCUGGAGCUGCUGGAACCCGUGCAACCCCUUAUUCCCAACCCCGAGGAUCGUAUUCCUAUGCCUCAGGCAGGGUCUCUAUUCCAUAGACUCGACUCUGGCCAUAAACCCGUGCCAUGGGUGUAUCCACUCAAUGAACGGGCCAGCGGUGACGCUUUCAAGCGUUUCAUCGCGACAUGUGAGAAGACAUAG